AGGACUGCUAUAGUUACCUCCUGAUUUUGAACUAGCCAUUCAGGUUUCUUGGGUUUCCCGAGAGGACCGACUGAGCAAGAAGAAGCGGGCUUCCUGCGCUGUUUCUGUUUUGGUUGUUUUUGUUUUUUUCGAGAUGCAAGCUAAAAGCUUUAAUGAGCUUUUCAGAGUGAUGAAAGAUGUCGCUCCUGUUGUCACCAGUGGAGCUCUCGUAGUGGCCCUUUUCUCCUGCGUUUUGUUUGGCAUCCGGACCUAUCUCAGCCUGCCGGAGGAGAGCCUCAGCAUCGGAGCAACAGUUUUCCAAAGCGGCCACAUCCACCGCCUCUUCCUGUUCCCCUUUCACCACCGAAGCCUCCCUCAACUCCUGCUGAGCAUCACUGCUCUGCUGUUUCUGACUGGCAGUGUGGAGAAAGGCUUCGGCACGGUUCGCUUCCUGUUCAUCUUCCUCCUGCUCGCCUCCACUACUGGUGUGAUUUACAGUUUCUUGGAUCUUCUGCAAGAUGCCAGCCAGCACACAGAGGGUCUGCUCCCAGUGGUCUUGGCUUGUGUGGCUCUGACCACCCUACAUACUAAGAUGACCAAAGGUUUUCUCUGUGGGUUCAGUUUUCCUGCAGUUGCCCUCCCCUGGGUGCUCCUCAUCAUCUGCUCGGCCCUCAUCCCUCACAGUGUGCUUCUCUGCAAUGUUAUUGCCAUACUGAUAGGCUGGGUGCAUGGGAAAGGCUGGCUGUCUCCUGUGGACAUGUCUGAGUCCAAGGCUGCAGUUUUGGAGAAAACUCUGCUGUUUAAGUUGCUGAGGAGCAUCAGCGGUGUCAUGUUCGUCCCUGCAUCCUCGCAGGAGAGGAGGAAGACUCUGCUUCCACAAAUAAAUCCCACUCCUGGAUCGUACCCGGUUCAAGCUUAUGCACCGCUGCCCAGCACUACCACCACUCACACCCCAGCUACGAUAUAUGAGGGCUGGCCACACUCAGCCAGCUUGACACCACCUCAACAUCCUCACGGACUUAUUUCAUCAAACAGUGUUGGACACAAUCAUGGACAUUUCUCAGAUCAAAUUGUGGGACAUAGUUGUAACCAUGGCCACAGUCAUAGUCAUGGACCUACGCAGUAGUUGUGGUUUUUUAUUUGCUUAACGAGUCCUCUCACUUCUUUGUGUUUCAUUCUUAGAUGUUACAGCAUCUAAAGUGAAGGACUUAGUAAACAUGGUUAUGAUUUUAAUAUUUAAUACCUUUUUUAAAUGUGGUGUUUCUUUAUAAAAAUGCUUUUUUGGGGGGGGUUACUGUAAUAAAUGUAUAUUACAAAAGGCCUCUACUUGUAAAUGUGAUCACAUAGCUAAUUAAAAGUAUCAGGCUGUAAUUACUCACAGCAACGGGGCAGUUAAAUUUAUCAAGGUUUUAAAAUGUCAUCGUUUCAAAACCACUAAAAUUAUCCAUGAAAAUAAAAUAAAAAUCUUUUUAGGGAAAUGCAAGAGAAAGUGUCAGGGUGAACAGACCUGUGGGUGGGCAAUAUGGAAUUUCUUCAUGAUAUUUUGUGACACUACUGUGAAAAUAAUGAUAAAAAAAAACCUACAGUUUUAGGUCACUAUACCACAGUGACUGCAUGGCACAGCAUAGCAGCACAAAUGCAUACUUUUCUUUGAAAUAGGCUUCUUUAGAAUUCCACUUAUAAAAGUGAGAUGCACAUAGUAACACCAUUUAUUUAUAUUUUUGAAAUUACUGAUAAUUAUAGACACUCCUGUGGAGCAAAACAGAAAAAUCAACAUGUAGAUCAGUUUUUUAACAAUUAAAAUUAAAACUUGUGAAAAAUACAUUGUAUUAACACUGUAUUGA